AUGCCAUUCCUCCUUCCAAUUCCACCAGAUAGACAACAUCACUUUUUCACCAUUCCUUCCAAUUCCACCAGAUCCUCCUCACCAAUUCCUUCCACCCAAGAGGAGACAAACGUCACUUUCAAUCACCAUUCCUCCUUCCAAUUCCACCAGAUAGACAACAUCACUUUCAAUCACCAUUCUCCUUCCAUUCCACCAGAUAGCAAACAUCACUUUCAAUCACCAUUCCUCCUUCCAAUUCCACCAGGGAGAUACUUUCAACAUCAUUCCUAUAGACAACAUCACUUUCAAUCACCAUUCCUCCUUCCAAUUCCACCAGAUAGACAACAUCACUUUCAAUCACCAUUCUCCUUCCAAUUCCACCAGAUAGACAACAUCACUUUCAAUCACCAUUCCUCCUUCCAAUUCCACCAGAUAGACAACAUCACUUUCAAUCACCAUUCCUCCUUCCAAUUCCACCAGAUAGACAACAUCACAUUCAAUCACCAUUCCUCCUUCCAAUUCCACCAGAUAGACAACAUCACUUUCAAUCACCAUUCCUCCUUCCAAUUCCACCAGAUAGACAACAUCACUUUCAAUCACCAUUCCUCCUUCCAAUUCCACCAGAUAGCAAACGUCACUUUCAAUCACCAUUCCUCCUUCCAAUUCCACCAGAUAGAAAACAUCACUUUCAAUCACCAUUCCUCCUUCCAAUUCCACCAGAUAGACAACAUCACUUUCAAUCACCAUCUCCUUCCAAUUCCACCAGAUAGAGAACAUCACUUUCAAUCACCAUUUCCUCCUUCCAAUUUCCACCAGAUAGACAACAUCACUUUCAAUCACCAUUCCUCCUUCCACCAGAUAGACAACAUCACUUUCAAUCACCAUUCCUCCUUUCAAUUCCACAUUCCUCCUUCCAAGAUAGACAAUCACUUUCAAUCACCAUUCCUCCUUCCAAUUCCACCAGAUAGACAACAUCACUUUCAAUCACCAUUCCUCCUUCCAAUUCCACCAGAUAGCAAACAUAGACAACCAUCACUUUCAACACCAUUCCUCCUUCCAAUUCCCCAGAUAACAAACGUCACUUUCAAUCACCAUUCCUCCUUCCAAUUCCACCAGGUAGAAAACGUCACUUUCAAUCACCAUUCCUUCCAAUUCCACCAGAUAGCAAACGUCACUUUCAAUCACCAUUCCUCCUUCCAAUUCCACCAGAAUGAAGACAACAUCACUUUCAAUCACCAUUCCUCCUUCCAUUUCCAUAAAUUCAUCACUUUCAAUCACCAUUCCUCCUUCCAAUUCCACCAGAUAGACAACAUCACUUUCAAUCACCAUUCCUCCUUCCAAUUCCACCAGAUAGCAAACGUCACUUCAAUCACCACAACAUCACUCAAUCACCAUUCCUCCUUCCAAUUCCACCAGAUAGACAACAUCACUUUCAAUCACCAUUCCUCCUUCCAAUUCCACCAGAUAGCAAACGUCACUUUCAAUCACCAUUUCCUCCUUCCAAUUCCACCAGAUAGACAACAUCACUUUCAAUCACCAUUCCUCCUUCCAAUUCCACCAGAUAGACAACAUCUUUCAAUCACCAUUCCUCCUUCCAAUUCCACCAGAUACAAACGUCUUUUCAAUCACUAUUCCUUCCAAUUCCACCAGAUAGACAACAUCACUUUCAAUCACCAUUCCUCCUUCCAAUUCCACCAGAUAACAACAUCACUUUCAAUCAUUCCUCCUUCCAGGAAUGAACAACAUCACUUUCCACCAUUUUCCUCCUUCCACCAGAUAGACAACAUCACUUUUCAAUCACCAUUCCUCCUUCAAUUCCACCAGAUAGAUAUAGCAAACGUCACUUUCAAUCACCAUUCCUCCUUCCAAUUCCACCAGAUAGACAACAUCACUUUCAUUCACCAUUCCUCCUUCCAAUUCCACCAGAUAGACAACAUCACUUUCAUUCACCAUUCCUCCUUCCAAUUCCACCAGAUAGACAACAUCACUUUCAAUCACCAUUCCUCCUUCCAAUUCCACCAGAUAGACAACAUCACUUUCAAUCACCAUUCCUCCUUCCAAUUCCACCAGAUAGACAACAUCACUUUCAAUCACCAUUUCCUCCUUCCAAUUCCACCAGAUAGAUUCCUCCUUCAAUUCCACCAGAUAGACAACAUCUUUCAAUCACCAUUCCUCCUUCCAAUUCCACCAGAUAGCAAACGUCACUUUUCAAAAUCACCAUUCCUCCUUCCAAUUCCACCAGAUAGACAACAUCACUUUCAAUCACCAUUCCUCCUUCCAUUUCCACCAGAUAGACAACAUCACUUUCAAUCACCAUUCCUCCUUCUAAUUCAAUCAUCAUUCUCCUUCCAAUUCCUGAAUACAACAUCACUUUCAAUCACCAUUCCUUCCUUCCAAUUCCACCAGAUAGACAACAUCACUUUCAAUCACCAUUCCUCCUUCCAAUUCCACCAGAUAGACAACAUCACUUUCAAUCACCAUUCCUCCUUCCAAUUCCACCAGAUAGACAACAUCACUUUCAAUCACCAUUCCUCCUUCCAAUUCCACCAGAUAGACAAACAUCACUUUCAAUCACCAUUCCUCCUUCCAAUUCCACCAGAUAGACAACAUCACUUUCAAUCGUCACCAUUCCUCCUUCCAAUUCCACCAGAUAGACAACAUCACUUUCAAUCACCAUUCCUCCUUCCAAUUCCACCAGAUAGACAACAUCACUUUCAAUCACCAUUCCUCCUUCCAAUUCCACCAGAUAGACAACAUCACUUUCAAUCACCAUUCCUCCUUCCAAUUCCACCAGAUAGCAAACGUCACUUUCAAUCACCAUUCCUCCUUCCAAUUCCACCAGAUAGCAAACGUCACUUUCAAUCACCAUUCCUCCUUCCAAUUCCACCAGAUAGACAACAUCACUUUCAAUCACCAUUCCUCCUUCCAAUUCCACCAGAUAGACAACAUCACUUUCAAUCACCAUUCCUCCUUCCAAUUCCACCAGAUAGACAACAUCACUUUCAAUCACCAUUCCUCCUUCCAAUUCCACCAGAUAGAGAACAUCACUUUCAAUCACCAUUCCUCCUUCCAAUUCCACCAGAUAGACAACAUCACUUUCAAUCACCAUUCCUCCUUCCAAUUCCACCAGAUAGACAACAUCACUUUCAAUCACCAUUCCUCCUUCCAAUUCCACCAGAUAGCAAACAUCACUUUCAAUCACCAUUCCUCCUUCCAAUUCCACCAGAUAGACAACAUCACUUUCAAUCACCAUUCCUCCUUCUAAUUCCACCAGAUAGACAACAUCACUUUCAAUCACCAUUCCUCCUUCCAAUUCCACCAGAUAGACAACAUCACUUUCAAUCACCAUUUCCUUCUUCCCACCAGAUAGACAACAUCACUUUCAAUCACCAUUCCUCCUUCCAAUUCCACCAGAUAGACAACAUCACUUUCAAUCACCAUUUCCUCCUUCCAAUUCCACCAGAUAGAUACAAACAUCACUUUCAAUCACCAUUCCUCCUUCCAAUUCCACCAGAUAGACAACAUCACUUUCAAUCACCAUUCCUCCUUCCAAUUCCACCAGAUAGACAAACAUCACUUUCAAUCACCAUUCCUCCUUCCAAUUCCACCAGAUAG